GGGAGGUGCACCCCACAGUACACCCAUUACUAUGGAAACAGGUCAACUGUACGAGCGCUUGAAGAACAAAGUGACAUGUACUGGUAAUCCUAUGGACAAGAUACGAAUACAUAACAAUUAGGAUUCGGGAUUGGGAUGAUAACUAUGCUUGCUUGCUUCAUGCAUCAUAGGCCGGAGGAGAUUGAUGGUGAUGCAGUCUUCUUCUCCCUCCACACAGAUCUGACUUGUUGCGGAUUUGUAGCAGCUGAAAGAUGUCCUUUGCACCGAGGAACUCACUAACCUCGGCCAAGAUGACCUCACUAAUCUCGGCCAAGAUGACCUCACUAACCUCGGCCAAGAUGACCUCACUAACCUCGGCCAAGAUGACCUCACUAACCUCGGCCAAGAUGACCUCACUAACCUCGGCCAAGAUGCAGACCAAAAUGAGUGCCUGGACACCUCUUAACCACCAGCUGUCUAAUAACAAUGUGUUUGAAGAGCGAAGAAACCUGCUGGGAAAAUGGUUUGACAAGUGGAGCGACGGCCAGAGGAAGGCGGUUCUACAGGACUUUUUCUCCCGGUGUUCAGUGGGCCAGCUGCGUUUCCUCCGUCAGAACCUGACCAAGAGGGUUCCAGAAGAGAACCUAGACUUCACCUCUGUCCUGCCCAGAGUUCUCUCUCUCUAUGUCUUCUCUUUCCUCGACCCCAGGAGUCUUUGCAGGUGUGCACAGGUGAGUUGGCACUGGAAGGGUAUAGUUGAGUUGGACCAGCAAUGGAUGCCCAAGUGUCUUAAACUGGGCUGGUGCAUCAACUUUGCUCCCACACCAUUUGAACAUGGGGUCUGGAAGAGACACUACAUAGAGACCGUACUGGAGCUCCACAUCGGCAAACCUAAGACUCUAUCACUGCAGGAGUUCAUUGUCCCCGAGGUGACGUCCAUAAACAGUGUGACGUUUGACCAAUCAGAGAGCUUCCUCAGAGAGGUGCGAUCCGCACGCCCCGUCCAGCAAGAGAGGAGCGGUGGCGGCACCACGAGGUGGUCAUCGGGGUCCCAGCUGAAGGGGCUACCCCCGUGGAGGGGUGCAGACAGACACCCCACUGACACCGUGCGAUUCAAUUAUCUGGAAAAUCUGGACCCCAUAGAGCACGCCCACCAAGCAAAAGUGAAGAGCAGAGGGGUCUUCAACACAUACAAUGAAAAUAAGAAAGAGUUGUCUGCAUUCAAUUAUAAACUGCGCAAGGCAAAGUCAUUGAUGUUCCUGUCCUUGGACCUGACUCCAGGUUCGGGUUCUGGAGCAGGACAGCAGAAGCAGAACCGGUUCCGCCCCCAAUGGGCCACACAGAGCCUAGAGUACCCUGUCACCAAGGCAACAGCCAAGAGCCUGUCGCGGUCGAGCCAAUGGAACGCUGGGAUACGACCUGGUCCUGUGAGGCCAGCGGUGCCCAGGCUCAGUCAGGAAGGACUGAGGGCAUCAAAUGAGGACAAACAGGAGUACUCCUAGUUAGAAACAUCUUUCCCUCCCUUCCUUCCUCCUUUUCUUCUUUCCUACUUUCCUUAAAUCUGUCCAUCGCACAGGACACACAGGACCACGCCUAGUAAGACAAUAGAUGACCAAUCCUUUCAAUGUACAUUCUUGGUUGAACUAACAGAAUGAGCUCUCCAUCAAAAAGGAAACUUGUGUCCAAGCAAACACGUGACAUUACAUUCUUACUCAAUGAAUGCUUUCUUUCACUGCGUGAAUGUUCUGUAUCAUGUAUGAUGUAUAAUUGACUUACAUGGUUUGAGGUUUCAGCAGCACCACUGUUUGAGGGACAAGCCUUGGAGGAUACAAGCUUCCAGUGGGGGACGAGUGAACUAUAUCGCCACCCUGUGGAGCACGUUAGUACUGUAGCACAGACAGCGGUGCUCAACUGGAGUCUGACCAAUGUUCCCUCUAGUUUUUUGUUUUGUU